CCAUGCGGAGCCGGAUUGAGUCGGAUCGUACCCGGGUUAAGCAUUGAGCAAGCAAAAGCGGUGCUUUUACACAUCCAACUUUUGUAAUGACUCUCGGACACAAUGUGAGCGCCUCAUGCAAGUGUGCCUGCCUCAUUGGUUGAUGUGCCGUUUAAGUUGCGUUCCCACCAUGCUCUAAUAAAGUCCAUCAUGAUCGGCCACGUGAACCAGUUCGUCGUUGGUCUGAAAAGCCGCAGCGAAGAUGUGCGCUUCAAGACCGCGAAUGAGCUGCACCACUACGUCACCACAGAACUGCGGGAGAUGGGCUCGGAGGACGUGUCGGCGUUCAUGGAAGAGUUCCACCAUCACAUAUUCGAGAUGGUCUCGAGUUCUGACGUGAACGAGAAGAAAGGAGGCAUCUUAGCAAUAGUGAAUCUCCUGGAAGUGGAUUCUGGCAACACUGGAUCAAGAAUCAGCCGUUUUGCAAACUACCUCCGCAAUCUACUGCCAUCUAAUGACACAACGGUUACAGAGCUUGCUGCGUAUGCCAUUGGCCGUCUGACAACUGUUGGCAGCAGCUUUACGGCUGAAUACGACGACUUUGUCAUUAAGCGUGCCAUUGAGUGGCUUUGUGAAGAGCGCCACGAGGGCAAGCGUCACGCUGCUGUGCUGAUUCUUCAGGAACUGGCCAUUUCGACACCUACAUUCUUCUUUCAAAACAUACAGCCAAUCUUCGACUGCAUCUUCAAUGGUGUACGAGACCCCAAACCUAUGAUCCGAGAAGGUGCUGUGCUGGCUCUGAGGGCUGCACUCAUGGUGACAGCACAGCGUGAGACAAAGGACACCCAGAAUCCUCCCUGGUACUCCAAGUGUUACGAAGAAGCCGAGAGUGGCUUUGAAGAGGCACUGGGAGGUGCGAGGGAAAAAGGUGUGAACAGAGAGGACCGCGUCCAUGGCUCUCUGCUGGUCAUCAGUGAACUUCUCAAGUGCAGCAACAUUGAGGGAGAGAGGGUGCGCCAGGAACUGGAGGAGGUCACUUCCCAGCAGGCUAGGCACGAGGCACACCGGAGCUCAGGCAGUUCGUUGACGCGCUCCUUGCGGGCGCUGCAGCAGAUGCAAGAGCACCGUGGGGCGAGAGCGGCUCUGCUGCGCUAUCAUCGAGCACAGGGCUUUCAGCCAGCAUCCAUCAUGCACCCGCACCAGCUGCACGGAGGCCACCGGCACCACACUCAUCGCCUGGUGCCCACGCACGAGAGCAACACCUGCAAGCGCCUGCUGGAUGAGAAGUUUGACCAGAUAUGUGAAAGGGUUUUAAGGCAACGUGCCUUGCGAAAUCCAUACAUCCAGCAUGCCCUGCACAUGGUGCUGCCCAGACUUGCUGCCUUCCAGACACAAAGAUUUGUAAAGAGGUAUCUGGCUGACACCAUGGACUACCUACUUGGCUGCCUGCGGAGGGAGAGGGAGCGAAGCUGGGCGUUUCUCUCAAUAGGACUGCUAGCGGUUGCUGUGGGUGAACAUCUGUUGCCCUACCUUCCUAAGGUCAUGGAAGUUAUUCGUGUGUCCUUGCCCAGCAACAGCACACCAUCCAAGAAAAAAGGUCCUGUGUUGGAUCCUGCAGUUUUCACAUGUAUCAGUUUGCUAGCGAGAGCCACCAAAAGUAGCAUCGCCAGUGAUCUGAAAGACCUACUAGACCCCAUGCUCAAUACUGGCCUCAGCCCAGCACUGACAGCUGCCUUGCAGGAAGUAUCGCUGCGCAUUCCCCAGUUGAAGCGAGAUAUUCAGGAUGGCCUACUCAAGAUGCUGUCCUGUAUACUGAUGCAGCGUCCACUCAAGCACCCUGGUGUGCCCAAGCACAUGCAUGCAGCUCAGCCUAGUCCAGAAAGCUCCGAUGUUGCAACUAUUUCGCUUGCUUUGAAGACCUUGGGUAGCUUUGACUUUCAGGGACGCACACUGACAAGCUUUGUCAAGCAUUGCGCUAAUACGUACCUCACAAGUGAGCACAAAGAAAUACGGCUGGAAGCAGUUCGAACGUGCUGCUGCCUUCUCUCACCAGCAUUGCAGAACAUGAAAGCAACUGGCAAAUACAGCCCUUCCCUCAUGGAUGAUGUCCAGAGAGUGCUUGGAAAAUUGUUGCUGGCUGGUGUGACGGACACUGACUCGGAUGUGCGUUACUGUGUGCUUGCAUCCCUGGAUGAGAAGUUUGAUGGCCACCUGGCCCAAGCAGAGAACCUCAGUGCCUUGUUCAUCUCUCUGAAUGAUGAAGUUUUUGAGAUUCGGGAGCUUGCCUUGUGCAUUAUUGGCCGGCUGAGCAGUCUGAACCCAGCGUACAUCAUGCCUCCUCUUAGGAAAGUGCUCAUACAGAAUCUGACAGAGUUGGAGCAUUCCGGUGUGGUUCGAAACAAGGAGCAGGCGGCCAAGAUGCUGGGCCACCUCCUGUCCAAUGCACCAGGGCUAAUACGACCAUACAUGGAGCCCAUUCUGGCUGUGCUUAUUCCAAAGCUCAAGGCUCCAGAUCCAAACCCUGGGGUAGUCAUAUGUGUCCUGGCAGCAGUUGGAGAGCAGGCACAGGUGAGCGGGACAGAGAUGCGCAAGUGGAUGAACGAACUGCUGCCCAUCAUCAUAGACAUGCUGCAGGAUUCAUCAUCAUUGCCAAAGAGAGAGAUCAGCCUCUGGACACUUGGUCAGCUAGUGGAAAGCACCGGCUACGUAGUUGAGCCAUAUCACAAGUAUCCCACUCUCCUGGAUGUGCUUCUAAACUUCCUCAAGACGGAGCAGUCCAGUAGCAUUCGGAGAGAA